ACCAGUCAGAAGAAAACCUUGUCUUUCGUUUUCUUCUUCUUCCACUUCCCUGCUUUCUAAAAAAUCUUCUAAGAAUAAACAUUCCUAAAAAGAUAAUAAUAGUCUUUAACGAAGACAAGAAUCAAAAGAAGAAAAAAAAACAACGGUUCAAAAUUUACACAUUGGAAAAGAAGACAAACCUCUGUUUCCCUGUUUCUCCGGACUCUCCUUCCCUUCUCCUCACGGAGAUGUUACUCUCCGGAGAAACUUUCAUGAAUCUUUGAGAUUUUUUUUUUAUUUUUAUUAUUUAUCAUUUCAAAGCUUCUUGUUCUCACAGAGAAUCCCAGAGGACGAAGGCUAUGGCUGUUGAAGAGAUGGAGAAGAAGAAGAAGAAGAACAAGAACAAGAACAAAGGAAGCAGUGAUAAGACGGAUACGGAGAACAACGACUCAUUAUCUAUCGACGAUCCAUCGCCGAGAUGCGUUCUUGAAAUCCCGUUAACGAGUUCAGACUCGGACAACAGCAGCAGCUGCAGCUCGUGCUCUCCUGACAAAUCGUUGUCCCCGUUGUCUACGACUCCUCCGAACGUCUCGUCUUUACAACAACACGGCCUUCAAUGGAACAGGAUGAUCGACACCAUCAAGAAGAAGUCCAUAAGGAGAUUCUCCGUCAUUCCUCUCCUCGCUAGCUACGAGCUCACGAGGAAAAACAUGCAGCGACGGAAACAGCCUAAGUUGUCUCCGUCCGUUGACUGCGGUCAAAUCCUCGUCGCUAAACCUUCCUGGAGGAAUUUCACUUACGAAGAGCUUGUCGCUGCCACCGACAGUUUUAAUCCCGAUAAUAUGAUUGGGAAAGGAGGACAUGCGGAGGUAUACAAAGGAGUUUUACCUGACGGAGAGACGGUGGCGAUCAAGAAGCUGAUGAGACACGCCACGGAAGAAGAAGAAAGAGUCAGCGACUUCUUGUCAGAGUUAGGGAUGAUCGCACAUGUCAACCACCCAAACGCAGCUAGGCUUCGCGGUUUCAGCAGCGAUCGCGGUUUGCAUUUCGUGCUCGAGUACGCUCCUCACGGCAGUCUCGCUUCUCUACUCUUUGGGUCUGAGGAGGAGUGUUUGGAUUGGAAGAAACGGUAUAAAGUGGCUUUGGGUGUAGCUGAUGGUUUGAGUUAUCUUCAUAAUGAUUGUCCUAGACGGAUUAUACACCGUGACAUCAAAGCUUCCAACAUUUUGCUAAGUCAAGAUUACGAAGCUCAGAUAUCUGAUUUUGGACUUGCUAAGUGGCUCCCAGAUAAUUGUCCUCAUCAAAUUGUUUUCCCUAUCGAAGGCACAUUCGGGUAUCUAGCUCCAGAGUACUUUAUGCAUGGGAUUGUUGAUGAGAAGACGGAUGUGUUUGCGUUUGGUGUAUUGCUUCUAGAGAUCAUAACUGGUCGUCGUGCUGUUGAUACAGCUAGCAGGCAAAGCAUUGUAUUGUGGGCGAAACCGCUUCUAGAGAAGAGCAGCGUGGAGGAAAUAGUUGAUCCUAAGCUAGGAAAUGACUUUGAUGAAACCGAGAUGAAAAGAGUUACGCAAACAGCUUCAAUGUGUAUACACCAUGUAGCCACUAUGCGUCCUGAAAUGAACCGGUUGGUGCAGCUAUUGCGUGGGGAUGACCGGUUAGCUGAGCCGCAAGGCGUAGCAAGAACAGUGAGUCUAGACGGUUGUGACUUACAAGAUCAUACGUCUUCCUCAUACCUUAAUGAUCUCACUCGGCAUAGACAACUCUUGAUGGAGUGAAACAAGCAAUCCAACAACAACAGCAAACUGUUACCCUCCUUUUUAUUGCAUGUGACUUUGCUUCAUCUUAUCCAUUGUAAAGAUCUCCAAAAA